UGAACCUUGAGAUAAGAACGACCCUGUGACAGUUAUACAUGCGUAGUUUUGCUUGGUUGUGGCUUGCAUCCAAUUUGAGCUGAGUCUUUCCCAGUAACAGCUCUCGGAAAGCUGCGCAGAAUGGCCAUUGAUUUUCGCAGUCUUCACAUAGCGGGGUCCCUGCUCUUUAUUAUGGGCUUUCUCUGGAGAGGAGCUGAGGGCGGGAAUCUUUUAGUGGUACCUUUGGAUGGAAGUCACUGGUUAAACCUGAAGAUUCUUAUGGAUGAGCUUGGGAAAAGAGGCCACAACGUGGUCGUGGUUGUGCCCGAAGUGAACGUGAAGAUGGGCCCGUCUUCCCACUACACCACAAAGAUUUACCCUGUUCCCUACGGCAGUGAAGAAUUGAACAGCAUUAUACCAAAGAUUGUACCCAACACAUCGUUGUUCCAAAAAGCCGCCCGUGUUUUAAAACAGACGGCUGUACUUCGCGAUUUAUCCCUGACCAGUUGUGAGAGUUUGCUGUACAACACGGAGCUGAUGCAGGAGCUGGCCGAGGGAAAAUUCGACGCUCUGCUGACCGACCCCUUCUUCCCCUGCGGUGCGAUCGUUGCCGAGUACCUUUCGCUCCCCGUCGUGAACUGGCUGCGAGGACUACCUUGCGGCUUGGAUCAUUUAGCCACGCAGUGUCCCAGACCGCUCUCGUACGUGCCCAGAUUUUUCACCCAGAACACAGAUCGAAUGACCUUUCUCCAAAGGGUGAAAAACCUCCUGGUCGAUCUCUUGGAGCCGUGGCUAUGCCAUUUUAUAUAUUCAUCGUUCGAAGAUUUGGCCAGUAAGUUCCUCCAGAAAGAUGUAACCCUGGUCCAGCUACUGGGCCGGUCUUCCAUCUGGCUAAUGCGAUAUGACUUUAUCCUGGAGUACCCCAGACCCCUGAUGCCGAACAUGAUCCUUGUUGGAGGCAUCACCUGCACGGAGAGGGAGCCGUUGCCUCGGGAGCUGGAAGAAUUUGUAAAUAGUUCUGGAGAGCAUGGGGUUGUGAUAUUUACCCUUGGUUCAAUGGUAUCAAAAAUUCCUCUUGAAAUAGCCAAUCGCAUUGCAAGCGCAUUUGGGCAAAUCCCUCAGAAGGUCCUGUGGAGAUAUACUGGAGAGGUGCCCACUACACUGUCACCAAAUACAAAGCUAGUAAAAUGGUUACCACAGAAUGACUUACUUGGACAUCCUAAAACACGAGCCUUCAUCACCCACGGAGGGGCCAAUAGUAUCUAUGAGGCCAUCUGCAGUGGUGUGCCAUCUGUUAUGCUACCACUGUUUGGCGAUCAGGGAUAUAAUGUACAACGCAUGGUCAAUCAUGGUGCUGGUAUCCAGCUGGAUAUAGAAGAGAUGAGCUCUCACGAUCUAGUAAAUGCUUUAAAUACAAUUAUCAAUGAUACGAGGUACAAAGAAACCAUGACGACAUUAUCUGCAUUGCACAGCGAUCGGAUAUUUGAGCCGAUCAACCUCUCAGUCCAUUGGGUGGAAUUUGUGAUGAAUCACGAAGGGGCAGAACUCUUACGUCCUGCAGCACACGACCUUAACUGGAUCCAGUACCACUGUCUAGAUGUCAUUGGUGUGCUGCUUGUCUCUUUGGUGGCUUUCAUAUACUUAAUAUUUAAAUGUUGCUCAUUAUGCUGCAAGAGGUACUUGUGUGGAGACAAGAAAUCGAGGAAGGGAAAAUCAGAGUGAGGUAGACAAUAAUCAUUUUUUAAGUAUUUGAAGAUUUAGUUUGCCUUUAUUGUUGGUUAACAGGUAACUCAGUCCAUGAGAAAAAGAGUCUGCUUAUUCCACCCAGUUCAUUAAUGAUGGGUAUUGAUAUGUUUGGAUGUGGGGGUGGGGGGGGGGAAAUAGAAGAUGCAUGGGGAAAGAAAUUGCCAGGGUGGUGUUAGGAGUGGUGACUGAGGGAAGCUGUUUCAAUGAUCAAGAUUCUCUUUGUUCUUUUUGGAUUUUAUAAUUUCCGUUUGACCUCGCUACUAUGGGAAUGAGCUGGAUGAAUUAAAGGAUACGGAUUUUUUUUUUCGUGAUUGUUAAUUUUUGACAUUAUAUAUUUCAUGAGUUGAUGCAUUAAAAGAAUUUGGAUUAACAGUAACAGGUUUACUGAAAUUUGUCUAAGAAUGAGCAAAUCCUCAUUUUAAAAUAUGUUGCAUUUGACUUUCAUAAGAUUUUGUUCUGACUAGAUUUCUUAUCUGCACUUGGAAAUGAAUUAUACCAUACACCAUGAUUCUUUUAACUUGCAUAUGAGAUGUAUUUUCAAAGUUAUUUUGAUUAUAUAUUUUAAUGAAUUUUGUGCAUAAAUCACAAAUGAGUGUCUGUGGUACUGUGAAAAUAAGGCAGUUCCAUUGUGCUAUGCUUAUAAAAAAAAACGUAGGUAAUAGGAAUCCCUUAUAAAGAAAUGAAGGCCAUAGUGUCAAAAGAGGAUGAAAGAAACACGGAGUCAAGGCAUCCCAAAACAUACAACCUGUGGAAAGAUCUGGUAUAUAGAAAUAUGGAUAUUUUAGAUGUACAGUAAACAGAACUUUAAUAGGAAGUAUCAGAAAAUGUGUCAUUAUUUCAUGUUGAUGUUUUUAUGAUCAGGUCAAAAGUUAAAAAUGGUAGGUUAAAUUACUUAAAAACAAAUGGAUUACCACCUGUUAGCUUACCAGUUGGAAGCUGCCAACCAGUCACAAUUAAAAAUACAUCUGUAAGUUAGAAUAACUUCCGAGGAACUUCACAAAAAUGGAAAAAGGAAGGGCAAUCAUGAUUGCACUGGGACAACUGAGGACAAGAUGUUCAGCAGUAGGCAAGUUGAUUCAGCAUGGAAGUAGAUCAACAUGACUGACUCUUUGUCCAUUUUAACAUGGGUAUAUUUCCCAUGAGUACAAAGGCUUUUCUCUAAUUGCUCAAUACAGGCAGUCAUCUGCUGAGGAAAGUCAAUCAGUGUGUACUACAUGGACUGUUGGAAGAGGUAUUGUCACAUGUUCCAAGAUAUAUUGUAAAGCUUAUCUUGUAUGCUGUUCAUGCAGAUCAAAUCAUUACAUGAUGUACAAGCUAGAAUAAGGUAAACAAUAACAAUGCAAAAUAAAGUGUAAAGGUUAUUGAAAAAGUGCAGUGCCGGUAAGUGAUGAAGUGCAACAGCCAAAAGGCCAUCGCAUUGUACAAGAGGUCCAUUGAAGGUCACUAACAGUGGAAUAGAAGCUGCCUGCUGGCGCCAAUGAUUCUGCUCUCAGUGUCAUGUCAAGGCUCGGAAUUUGGUGACCACCAAAGGACCGUUAUCCAACCAAUUUCUUUCUUUUUAAAUCUUUUUAUUAAAUUAGUACACAAAAAGUAAACCAUGUAGACACUAAUACACUGUUGCAAUAUAAAUUUGCAAGAGAUAUUAAUACACAAAAAAAAGUUAGUACAAACAGUGCAGUUUAGAUAUAAAAUAACAAGGUAAUAUAGUAGUAUACUAAUUUUCCAUACAUAUCAGUAAAGAGAAGAAAAAAACCAAAAAAAAACCCACCGUGCAACUAAUCUAAAAAGCAAAGCAAAGCAAUGGGUUAACUAGGUAACAAGUAGACUUAAACAACUUAAAACAAUCACGUUCUCAAACCCGACCUCCAUUAAAAACAGUUUUAAAAAAAAGCAAGAGGGGAAUGUAAAUAUGGACAAAGAGAAAAAAAAAUUACAUUAAAUGAAAAUGUUGAAUGAAAGGUCUCCAAGUCUGUUCAAAUUUAACUGAGGUAUCAUAAAGAUUACUUCUAAUUUUCUCCAAAUUUAAACAUAGUAUCGUCUGAGAAAACCAAAAGAACGUAGUUGGGGCAUUAAUCUCCUUCCAAUGUUGUAAAAUACAUCUUUUCCCUAUUAAAGUAAGAAAUGCAAUCAUUCUACGGGCUGAAGGGGAAAGAUUACUGGAAAUUUUAGGUAAUUCAAAGAUAGCAGUAAUAGGAUGGGGAGAAGUAUCUAUACUCAAUACCUUUGAAAUAAUAUUAAAAAUGUCUUUCCAAAAAGUUUCCAAAGUAGGACAGGACCAAAACAUAUGAGUUAAGGAGGCUAUCUCCCCAUGACAUCUGUAUCCAACCAAGUUCUGAUAUGAAGUUACAGUAACAAUUAGGAAGGGAACUGUCUUUACUCAGAUUAAAUGAUCCAGCCCAUUAUUUAUAACUGAAGGAUUGUGCUGCAGGGUGUCCUCCACCUCCCUACCACCUCACAAUCUCCUACAGUUAAAUAGUUUGGUUUUAUUCACUAUUUGACGUUCUACACGAGGCAGUCAUUUGUAUGAAGCAAAUGGAAUAAAACCUUUAUGCUUAGGGGAAACACACCUGUGACUAUUGAUAAGGAGUAGGUAACCUUAUCCUUGCCUCUGCACCUGAUUGUCCCAGUGCACUCUUUCUUCCUCUAUCUUUAGUAAAGAUUGUCUGAAAUUCUGCUAUCAUCCAAUUCACAACAAUUACCAUUCACCCCUUGCUUGCUGACGAUCAAUACACUUCCUUCAAGUAAAACCUCAAUUUUAAAAUCCUCACAUUUGUUUCCAAUUACACAUACAACCUCUCUCCUCUCUAGUUUUGUCAUCUCCUCCUCUAACUGGUGUAAAUGCUUUUCCUUUUGGCCUGUAAUCAAAAAUUCUCUCCCUAACUCUCUCAACCUUUUUACCCCCUUUUUUUCUUAGACCUUUUUCUCCUCAAAUCUGCUUCUUUAAACUCCACCUUUGUAACUAAGCAUUGUUUUUAUCCUUCCUGAAGUCGUUCUUAAAUUUUGAUUAAAUGUUUUUUGAAGUGCCUUUGGAGACAUUGCUUUAUUAAGUUCUUGUAUUCUAACUUGUAAGUAGUUAAUCUUUCAGUGAUCUGCAAUAACAUUUAACAUUCUCAUUCUUGUGUUCAAAUGACCUUGGUCUUCCAUCAUCUUUAUCCUUGUGAUUUCAGUGCCCUAUAGUCCUUAAGAGAUACCGGUGAUCAUCUGCUUACAGCUGAUAAUUACUUUGCUUCACUCUUUAGCCAUGCCCUCACUAUCUUGGUGCUAUGCUGUGGAAUUUCCUCCCUGCACCCGUCUACCUCUCUCCUUUAAACCUAUGAUUUCUAUUGAGCUAUUGGCCUUGUCCAAACAUUUCCUCAUGUGGAUUGCUGCAAAACAAUGACACAGCUAGUACAGCCAUUGCCUCACAGUAUCAAAGACUCAGGUUCAAUGCUGACCUCACAUUGGUAUGAAGUUUGCACAUUUCCUCAGGUACCCCAAAGAUGUGCAGGCUAGUAGAUUAGUUGACCACUGUAAAUUGUACCUAGCGUAGGAGUAAAUCUGAAGGGAGUCCAUGGGAAGAUAGGGAGAAUACAAAUCGGUAUUAAUGUAGGAUUAGUGUGAAUUUAAUUGGUGAUGGCAGGUGUAGACUUAGUGCAAUAGGCUGAGAUGGGCUGGAAAGCCUGUUUCCAUACUGUAACUUUAGUCUGAGUCACCUCUUGGGAAGUACAAACUUUGUAGUACUACAUUGAAGCCACUGUCUUCCAGCAACUUGCUGUUACAUCAGAUUUUUCACACCUGCAGUUUUUUUUCUGUCCAAUGAUAAUGCUCAGAACAUCUUGCCAUUAUUUGUGCAAUUAAAUGACUUAAAACUUGCAUUGUGGACAAACUAAUAUGGAGCUAUACAUGCCAUUAAUUACAUUUGGCAGAUGCUUGAAUUCAAUGUGAAUUAGAACUCAACCAGAUGAUGGCCCUAGUCUUUUCAUCAAUGAGCUGAUGAACUUUAUUUUAUAGGGAAGCAUUCACCUUUCACGAAUGAGUGCAGUGAAAAACUUCGACGUUAAAAAAAAACCUACUAUGUGGAAGGAGACAUGGUACCAGUGAAUCAAAGUAACAGCUUAAACUGGAAAACUUUGCUGUACAAACCUGAGGGAGAAAAACUCCUGGUUGUGAGUGUGCCCAUGAACCAAUUUUCUUGCUAUGAAAUGAAGAUCUUUCUAAUGCCUUGCAGCAGAAAAGAUGUUUGCAAAAUGACGUGAUGUUGUUGACAUGUCUUUUUUCCAAAGAACUAGAUUGAUUUUGAACAUGAAUAGGCAGGGGAUUGAGGAAUAUAGACCACAUUCAGGCAAAUGCAGAGUUUAAAUUUGGCAUCGUGGUCAAAACAGACAUUGUGGGCCAAGGGGCUUAGUCAUGUGUUGCACUGUUCCGCAUUCUACAUUAGAAACUUUCCACAGCUGUUGCAGAAUACUGAUGAAUAUUUGCUGUACAACACAAAAUUGAUGUCAGAGCUUGUGAUUAAAAGUUGAAAACUG